CCUGUCCAUCAGAUCUGUUCCGUUCAAAAUCUUUUCCAACACAAAUAAUUCUCAAUUCAAUUCAACCCUUCCAUUGAGAUACGGGUUUCUUAGACAAAAGACGCUCAAUGUCAGAGUAACCAAUCAUGGGGCCAGAGAAACCGUUGCCAAUUUCUGAUGUAUUUUCAGGUCCUAAUGAAUUUUCCGAGUCCUUAUUAGAAUUUUUGACGACCUCUGAACUUCUUGAGCGAUUCUGCGGAGGCAUCCAUGUCCUCGAUUUCUUUACUCGAAGUCCAAGCCUUUAUGAGACGGCGAUUCCACAGGAAUGGCGAGAGUGGUUUCACGACAUUCAGAUCGCGGACAUCCUGGACUUUCUGAUGCGGGAAGAUCUCCAAAAGUUCAACGGUGACGAUGACUCAGGAGGGUUCGCAUGGCGAGGGAGGCCGUUCCCUCCGCAAAGUCUGCUGGACUAUGUGGGAACUGUGAGGAUGCACCUGAUGCGGCGUGACUUUAACCCACCGCAAAAAGAAGUCAAGCUCUCUCGCCCCGUUGCCUCGGGGAUGAAAGUGAAAAAGGUCCACGAGGUGCAGAACUUUGCGCAAUACGUCGAGAGGCUGACGGGUGACAUCGCUGAAUAUACAGGGCAGCCGAUCACUCAUCUGGUCGAUUUUGGGUCGGGGCAGAAUUAUUUAGGAAGAGCAUUGGCAAGCGAGCCGUACAACAGGGAUAUCAUUGCGAUUGAGACUAGGCCACAUAACAUCGAAGGUGCAAAGACGCUCGAUGUGCUCGCAAAGUUGGUCGAGAGACCCAGAACCAUGCGGAACAAGAAGCUCUGGCUACUGGAGCAGCGAGGAGUUCAAUCUGGAAAGCGACGGAAUCCGAAGACCACAGGAGGUCAGGAGAAGACGGACGAUCGGAUGCCCAAAGAGGAUGGAGAAUGCACUCUCUGCGAGGAUGGGAGGAUGGUGUCAGCUGCACCAAAUGCCACACCAGACACGCCGUUGGAGGCAAUACCAGCUGACGCGAAAGGCACCGUUCAGUAUAUCAAUCAUUGGGUGGUGAAUGGAUCAUUAGGUCCAAUCAUGCCACAAAUAGGCUCGAAAUCACAAACUCCGCCUUCUCUUCUAACCAUAUCCCUCCACUCCUGCGGCAACCUCCUGCACCAUGCGCUCCGUACGGUUACCGCCAAUCCUGAAGUCCGCGCCGUAGCACUAAUCGGCUGCUGCUACAAUCUCAUGACCGAGCGUCUUGGGAAAGGGAUGACGUACAAGCAUCCUAGUCUGCGGAUUCCCGAUGCAGUGAAACGAAUGGAGCGAGAAGCGAGCGCGAAGGACGAGAUGGGAUUCCCGAUGAGCGAGCGGAUGUGUAGCUACCAAUAUUCGAAGAAGAAGAAGAAGCAUGGCCUAGAUGGCGUCGACGGAGACCUAGAGGAAGAAGAGGAGGGAAUUCGGCUCAACAUCACCGCGCGGAUGAUGGCCGUCCAAGCACCGCAGAACUGGGGACCGAAAGACAGCGACUCUUUCUUCACUCGACACUUCUACCGAUCCGUGCUCCAGCGCAUUUUCCUUGACAUCGGCGUCAUAGAUACGUGCCGCAAAGCCUCUGCCCGGCCCCAAUCCCCGGAGACGCCAAUAGUCCGAGCCGUCAGUCCCGCCGGCGGCAGCGAUACCGCCGGCCAACCUAUCAUCAUCGGCGGGCUUCGCAAAUCGUGCUACAGCAACUUCCUCAGUUACGUCCGCGGCGCCCAGGCGAAGAUGGAGGCGAUGGCAAUGUCGAAUGGCGUCCCUGAGGAGGUUCACCCAGAAGAUGGGGUCAAUCCCAGGACUGGAAGGCCCAUUGCUGACACAUCGCAAUACCCUCCUGUACCGUAUGCGAAGAUCGCAGCGGCGCUAGGAUUGAUCGCGGAUGAGGAGAUUGAGGACUACCACCAACGAUAUCUACCGCGGAAGCAUGAAUUGAGCAUCGCGUGGAGUUUGAUGGCGUAUAGUGCUGGGGUGGUUGAGUCGGCGAUUGUGCUGGAUAGGUGGUUGUGGUUGAAGGAACAGGACGAGAUCAAGGAGGCUUGGGUGGAGCCGGUUUUUGACUAUGGGAUGAGUCCAAGGAACCUUUGCAUCGUUGGAGUUAAGAGAUGAGCUGCCUUUUAAGCCACAGCUGUUACUAUAUAUUGUCGUUCGAUUUUGUCAACCCCGUUGCACAGCCGACGGACAAGUCAAGUUGGACUUCAAGAAACAUACCAGGG